AUGUCUGAUAAUGAAGAUCCUUAUGCUUUAUCUGAUUCAGAUGAAGAAUCAUUAAAAGGACCACCACCAAAAAUUAAUAUUGGUGAAAGAUUAAAUAUAGAUAUAAAUCGUAUUAAAGAAAAUUUAACAACAGAUAAUCAAGAAGUUAUAAAAGAUCAGGAUAAGAUUAAAGAAUUAGAAGAAAUAAAAAAGAUUAAAGGUGAUGAAUUAAAAAAAGUAAUAGAAAAUUUUAAAGAAGGUAAAAUUGUUAACAAAAAUAAUGAUGAUGAAAAUAAAACAAUUGAUAGUGAUAAACCAACAGGUCUUUCAAAGGAUAUUUUAUCUCAAUUUAAAAAUAAAUUUGAACAUAUAGAAGAAACAUUAGCUGCUAAUGUUGAAGAAAAAUUGAAAGGUUUUGAAAAAGAAUUAGAAGGUCUACAAAACCUUGGACUUAAAGAUUUAAAAGGAAAUUUUGAAGGUUCUGGUAAUACUAAUACAACUGGAACAAAUUAUGUUAAAGAAGAAAUUAAAGGUAAAUCAUGUGAUGAGUUAGCAAAAAUUAUGGGAGCAUUUGCAAAUCCUAAAAUUGAUGAUGAAGGACCAAGAAAUUGUGCUAUAUGUAAUAAACUUGUUUAUUCAGCUGAAAAAUUACUUGCUAACAAAAAUAUUUAUCAUUAUGCUUGUUUUAAAUGUUCUAAAUGUUCCAAAAAAUUAACUCCUGUUACUUUUUAUUCUCAUGAGGGAAAUUUACUUUGUAAACAACAUAUGGAUUUAAUACUUCAUCCUGAUAGAGCUGCUGCACUUGAGGCUCUUAGUGUAGAAGAUAUUGAAGAAACAAGUCAAGGAGAUGAUGAUGAUGAUGAAUUUGUUAUAUCAUCAAAACCUAAACAAUUAUCUGGUGACGUAGUUAGAGCUGGCACAAAUAUUGGUGAGGAAUUAUUGCAAAUAAAAAGUUUGCGAGAAAAGAAAGAACAUUUACAAUCAUCGAUUAAAGAGUCUGAAAAAAUUGACAAAAAGACAACUAUUGAGGAAGAUAUUAAAUCAGGACUUGUCAAAGGAAAUGUUGAUCUUUUUAUCCAUUCAACUGAUGAUGUAGAUUCAAAUGUUAAUAAAACUGUCGUUGAUUUAGAUACAGCACAAAUAGCUGAAGUAAAAAAUCGAUGGAAGACAGGAGAUGUUGAAAAAGAAAAAGAAAUUGAUAGUGAAACAAAAGCUGAAUUAGAAGAAUUACGUAAAGGUAGUAGUAAUAUUAAAGAAAGAUUUUGUGAAAAAACUGGAAAUGAGGAAGAUAAUUUAAAUAUUGUUAAAAGUUACAAUAUAAGUGAUUUAGAUGUCACAAAUGUUGCAGCGGCAAGGAAAAGCUUUUUGGAGGGUGCUGCAUAUCAAAGUGGACCUAUUGAAAAGACUGCUACUGAAUUAUCAGAUUUAGAAUUCAAAAAACUUGAUUCAUUCAAAGAUAGAUUUGAAAAGUGUGAAGAUACUGACAAUAUUGAGAAAACUAAAGUUGAUCUUGAUAUACAAUUGGGAGAUAUUAAAGCUGCUUUUGAAAAGGGUGAAGAUACAAUGACACCAGAAGAAAGAGCAGAGUUAAAGAAAAAAGAAAUUGAGGCUGAAUUUUUAAGAUAUAAAUUGGCACGUAAACUUCAAGCACAAAAAGCUAAAGAAGAAGCUGCAAAAGAAGGAGAACAUCAAGAAAUAAAUGAUGAAAAAAAAAUUGAGGUUAAUGCAAAUCUUGUUGGAAGAGCAAGAGAUAAGUUUAAACAAAUUGAGGCAGAAAAUCCAGAUCAGCAUUUACCAAUGCCAGGACAAUUACCAAUUAAAACACCAAGUAAAUGGGAUAAAAAAGAUAUACCGGUUGGUGAAAUUGUUAAUAAAUCUUCAACACAAGAUGACAAUGAUGAUGAGGAAGAAGAAUAUGAUGUUAAAAAUAUUAUGAAUAAAUUUAAAAAUAUUGGUAAAGAAGAGAGUGUUGCUAGAACUCCAAAAAUACUUGAAGAUCUUGAAGGAUUAGAAAUAAAAAGAAAAAAUAUACGUGAUAAAUUUGAGGCAAUAACUAGUGAUACAGAUAUUUGUGAAGAAAAAAGAAAAGCAUUAGAAGAAGAAUUUACAAGAUUAAAGGAAGAACGUGAUAAAGCAUUAAAAGAAUUAGAAGAAGAAUCAUUGUUAAAUGAAAAACACUCAUCAUAUACAAAAGAUGAUGUAAAUAUUGUUAUUGAUCAUGCUCAUAAAAUGACUGCUAAAUGGGAAAAAAUUCAACAAAAAGAAGCUAAGAAAGCACAAAAAGGUCAAAUGCCUGGGAAAACAAAUGCGUAA